AUGGGCCAAAACAAUUACACUUCUCUGCACGGUUUUAUUCUGCUUGGUUUCUCAGACCAUCCCAAACUGGAGAUGGUCCUAUCAGGAGUUGUCACUCUCUUCUACUUCAUUAUGUGGGUGGGUAACACAGCCAUCAUCCUUGCAUCUUUCCUGGAUUCCCAUCUCCACACACCGAUGUAUUUUUUCCUCAGGAACUUAUCUUUCCUGGAUCUAUGUUUCACAACCAGCAUCAUCCCUCAGAUGCUCGUUAAUUUGUGGGGACCUGACAAGACCAUCAGCUAUGUGGGCUGUGUCACUCAACUCUACGUUUAUAUGUGGUUGGGUUCCACUGAGUGUCUCCUCCUCGCUGUUAUGUCCUAUGAUCGUUUCACAGCUAUUUGUAAGCCCCUGCAUUAUUUGGUAAUUAUGAAUCCACAUCUCUGUCUCAAGAUGAUAAUCACAGUCUGGAGCAUUAGUUUGGCUGUUUCUGUAUUAUUAUGUACACUCACCCUGAAUUUGCCUCGAUGUGGAAACAACCUUCUGGACCAUUUCUUGUGUGAGUUGCCAGCUAUGAUCAAGAUAGCUUGUAUAGACACCACGACAGUUGAAAUGUCUGUUUUUGCUUUGGGCAUUGUCAUUGUCCUUACACCACUCGGCCUUAUUCUUAUAUCCUAUGGCUACAUCGCCAAAGCUGUGCUGAGAAUAAAGUCAAAAGAAGGCCAACAAAAAGCAAUUAAUACCUGUGGAUCUCAUCUCACUGUCGUGUCCAUCUUCUAUGGAACUAUUAUCUACAUGUACCUUCAACCAGGUAACAGUGCCUCCAAAGACCAGGGAAAGUUCCUCACCCUCUUUUACACGAUCAUCACUCCAAGUCUUAACCCACUCAUUUAUACCCUGCGGAACAAGGACAUGAAGAACGCAUUGAGGAAGCUGGUGAGAGUCGACUGUGAAUCUACAAAAUCGAAUAGGAACCAGAAAUCAUAG